CGAUACUCGGUUCCCAAUGUGACUGACCGACUCUUGUUUCCCAACCAACGGCGGCUUCUCAGGUCCCCAGCUUACUCCGAAACGGCUCGUGACUGAGAGGAGGAACCCUGACUCGUUGGAGCAUGGUCGGUCUGCGUGUUUGAUUCAAGCUACUACCGUUAUUGUGAAACCGGCGGCGUCUAUCAUGGUGGCCUCCAUUUCCGAUCCCGAGAAGGGCACCGACGUCGCAGACGGCUCCAGCUCGUCAACUUCCAUUCACGGUGAAAUCAAGAAUGGCACGGGCCCGGAGAGACCUCCCGAUCGGCUCGACUUCUCAGAUCCGGCGCACCACCUCGUCGUGGAUGCCGAUGUCCAGGAACCGACCGACCUCGACCUCGACCUCGACGUACAAAUAGAGGCCGUCAAAACCCAGUCCGUAUCCGUAUCCGUCGCCGGGGUCGGAGCCGGGGCCGGCGGUGCGACCUUGGCACAGACCCGGACCGGUGCCAGCACAGCUUCCCGCCCCCCCGAUUUCGAGGUCGCCUUCGCGCCCGACGACCCGGAGAACCCCAGGAACUGGCCCUUGUGGUAUCGCUGCUGGAGCCUCGGAGUCCUCUCCAUCGCUACUUGGAUCGUCGUUCUCUACAGCACGAGCUAUACCGCUUCUAUCCCCGGUAUCAUGGAGGAGUUCGGCACGUCCAUGUCGUACACCACCCUUGGCCUUACCACGUACCUGAUUGGACUUGCCACCGGCUGUCUCGUUGUGGCGCCCCUGAGUGAGCUGUUUGGCCGCCGAAAGGUCUACCUCGUUUGUACCUCUGUCUUUAUGGUCAUGAUUGUCCCAUCUGGGCUUUCCAGCUCCAUCCAAGGAAUUUUCGUCGCCCGCUUCAUCGGGGCCGUUUUUGGGGCGUCCCUCAUUUCCAAUUGCCCUGGCAGCGUCUUUGACCUUACUGACGAUCAUAACCGCGCCUUCUACAUGUCGAUGUGGUCCAUGGCCCCUAUGAACGGCCCGGCCACGGGGCCCAUCAUUGGCGGUUUCGUCUUCCAGUAUCUCGGCUGGCGCUGGUGUAACUGGAUUGUCCUGAUCAUGACUGGUAUCAUUCUCCUUGCCAUGUUCACCGUCAAGGAGACAUACGCCCCUAAUAUCCUCCGCGCCAAGGUCGCCCGCCUUAGGAAAGAGACCGAUGAUCCGCGGUGGUGGUGUCGAUAUGAUAACCGUGUGUCUACAAUGCAGGUCUUCAAGACUAGUCUUGGUCGUCCCUUUGUACUGGCUGCCACGGAGCCUAUACUUUGGGCAUUUAAUAUCUGGGUCUCUACCCUUUACAGCAUUCUGUACCUUUGCUUCGUCGCCUACCCCAUCGUCUUCUCCCAGAACCGUGGCUGGGGCCCGGGCAUGUCCGGCCUUGCCUUCACCGGAAUCGGCAUCGGCACCUUCCUCGCCGUGGCCUGCGAGCCUUUGGUUCGUCGCAUCAUCAACGCGCACCCGCGCGACCCCAAGACGGGUCGGAUCCCCCCCGAGGCCGCCGCGCGCGCCUUGGCCCUCGGCGCCGUCCUCACCCCGAUCGGCCAGCUCGUCUUCGCCUGGACGUGCCUCCCCACUUCGAUCCACUGGGCCAUCCCCAUCGCUUUCGGCAUCCCCUUCGGCGCGGGGAACACGCUCGUCUUCGUCUACUCCUCCAACUACCUCGCCGGCGCGUACGGGAUCUACUCCGCCAGCGCCCUGGCCGGGAAUGCUGUCAUCCGUAGUCUUGCCGGUGGCUUGCUCCCGCUGGCGGGCCCGUCCAUGUACGCCGCCAUGACACCGCAGUGGGCAGGGACUUUUCUUGGUCUGCUCGAGGUGGCGCUCGUGCCUGUUCCGUUCGUGUUCUGGCGCUAUGGCGACAGGAUUCGGGCGAAGAGCCGUGUGAUUCGACAUCUGAGGGAGGAUCAUGAGAAGAAUGAGAGCCGACGCGUGCGGGCCGAGGCUCGAGCGGCAGAGAAGGCGGGCGAGGCAAGGAUAGAGGAGGAAGGGAAAAGGGAGUAGAAGUAGAAGUGGCGAUGUGAAUGCAGCGUCAGCAUCCCUCGUGGACUGUCUCGCUGUUGCAUAUGGUAUGCUCGGAUGCUCCGAAAGCUUGUAUAUAAUAUCAUGUGUACGGCGAACCAGCCUUUGUUCAUAGACAGGCUCGGGUGGGCCUUUUUGAGGACUUCAAAUCCGCUGGAUAUCGUCCCACAACUCGCCUUUUGAGGUAGUCUCUGUAUCGAGUCGCGCCAAGACCCUCGAGGAGCAGCUCAGGAGCCUCUAUGUAGGUCGGAUGAUGCACAAAUUACUUCUCUACCGCCUGUCUGAGAAUUUCCUCGAUUCGCACGACC